AAUAUUCACCAUCUUACCGAUACUUUUUUAUUUUCUUUUUCUAGCUACCAACACGUUUGCUGAUAUGGGAGAGCUUGCCACGCAACGCCAUGGGAAAGGUGAACAAGAAAGAGCUAAAGAAAUCUCUGGAUCAUCAAGAGUAGAUUCUCAGACUACCAUGGAUCUCUUUAUCUGCUUCUUUGUUCUUUGAUUGUAAUACACAUUUGCAUUAAAUUAAUAAAUAUAUCUAUAUAUAUUAUGUUGUUGACUUAAACAAGGUCAGGAAUCAAGACCAAGCUAUUUGGAAAUAAAUCUUAAUUUGUUUAUUUAUAUGACUCUGUACUUUCUUCAUAAUCAUGAAGAACAAGUUAGAAAAGGAUUAGCGUUGACCAGUGUCUUCUGAUUCCGACAUGCGACCGUUUAGUUUAAAAUAGGCGACGUUGGCCAAUCAGGCAAUCACAAACGCAAUAACGCAAAGGGUAUAAAUGGUAAUUAAUAAUAACUUAUCUGCUCUUAUAUUCAACGGAGUUUUAUCCUCAAUUCGCAUAGAAUAUCGAAACAUGGAAGACUCAACGAUCCUAAACACCACAACGUAUCUAGAAGCGUUGGCGCAAGGAAACGGUCUAAGCGAGAUAGAGGUUUUAAUCCUACAAGGCUUAGAACUCAUCCAUGUCGGAAAAGGAAUCAUACGAUGUAAACUACUCGUCACGGAUCGCGUCGCGGGAGAUGAUGGAACUUGGCACGCCGGGGCUAUUACGGCGGUGAUGGAUGCGAUCGGUGCUGCUUCUGUCUACUCCACCGGCGACGGACUCCAUUCUUCUGUUGAUCUCAACGCUUCGUUUUAUUCAGCGGCCAAGAUUCAUGAAAAAGUAGAGGUAGAAGCAAGAGUGAAGGGGACCAAUGGAAGGCUAAAAUCAUCUGUGAUUGAGAUUAGAAGAGAAAGAGAUGGAGAACUCAUAGCCACAGGAAGGUUGUGGAUGGCUCCACUUGUACUCAAAGCCAAACACACUGGUUCUUCUAAUCUUAGCGGUGAAGUUUAAUUACCAGGAAACUGGAGAGAGAGGCAAUGGAGAUGGUGAGAAAGCGACCCAAAUAAGAAUCUGAGAGAAAAGCUCCAACGAGAGGCAUGAAGUUAGUAGCAGCGACCCACAUGAACAACACGUUUUGUCCUUUCACAAGUCCUAAUCCGUAAUCACUCAUCAGAUAAAGAAUCAUGUUCUGUAACAAUCCAUAGCUCGCCACUUUCUCGAACCCCUCGUUUGCUUCAUCCACCAAGAACAACAAGAAGAAGACAUUUAGAGAACAAGAAGCGAUCCAAUGAGAAGAAGAUAGAGAGAGAUGCAAUGUUUUUUAUUACCAAUGAUGAAGGGCAUAGUGAGAAGUCCACCCUUUGGUCUUGUGAUUCUGGGUUGAAGCAUCAUCUCCUUUGACUCUGUUUGAUCUGGAGGGUUCUCCAUUGUUACUACCUUUCAGCCGAGAGAGAGAGAAGAAGAUCUUUGUCUUUGUGUGAGAGCUUUUGAGUUAAUGCAAUCUUAUUUUUCAGUUUAGACAGCUAGGAAUCUCUGUUUCUGCGACGAGUGCGCGCAAUAAUAAAUGGGAGAUACAAAAUA